AUAGAAAUAAACAUAUUUUUACAAUCAAUGGAAUAGAAAUAGAAAAUAGUAAUGAUACUAAAUAAAUUUUAAAAAAAUUAAUAUUGAACGUGGUUGAAGGGAAAAUAAGUGAAAGAAAUUUUUAUUUGUUAUUUCUUUAUGCCGGAGAAGGAAAAUAUGGAGUGAUUAUUCAGGAUCUCCGACUCUCAGUAGCUACUCUCAAUAUUGAAAUUACCAUCACACGGAUCGCACUCGCUAAAAGGCCGUUAAAGAAGACCCCAAAUCCUCGCUUGCUCUCCUCUCCUCACCUUUUUCCAUUGUCUCCGACUUCCGUUUUUCUCGAAAGAUCAAAACCCUAAUUUCGAGUUCCUCUCUCCGAUUUUUUUCCAGCAAUUUGAAGGAGGCUUUGGCAAUUGCAGUUUAGGCUGAAGCCACAAGAAAUUGAGCUUGGAUAUUUGACAAGAUGUCUGGCCAAAGCCAGCGCUUGAAUGUGGUUCCUACUGUUACCAUGCUUGGAGUUAUGAAAGCUCGCCUUGUUGGUGCUACAAGAGGUCAUGCUCUCCUGAAGAAGAAGAGUGAUGCCUUAACCGUGCAAUUCAGACAAAUUCUCAAGAAGAUUGUCUCUGCAAAAGAGUCUAUGGGAGAGAUCAUGAAGAAUUCCUCCUUUGCCUUGACAGAAGCAAAGUAUGUUGCUGGCGACAACAUCAAGCAUGUCGUGCUUGAGAAUGUUCAGAAUGCAUCUCUAAAAGUUCGAUCCCGACAAGAGAAUGUUGCUGGUGUGAAGCUCCCGAAGUUUGAAUAUUUCACUGAAGGUGAGACUAAGAAUGACCUGACCGGGUUAGCUAGGGGUGGCCAACAGAUUCAACAGUGCCGUGCUGCUUAUGUGAAAGCCAUUGAGGUUCUUGUAGAACUUGCUUCACUUCAGACAUCAUUUCUAACCCUCGACGAAGCAAUCAAGACCACAAACCGUAGGGUUAAUGCUCUGGAGAAUGUGGUGAAACCGAGGCUGGAGAAUACAAUUAGCUAUAUUAAGGGGGAAUUGGAUGAGCUGGAGAGGGAAGACUUCUUUAGGUUGAAGAAGAUACAGGGUUACAAGAAGAGGGAGAUUGAGAGACAGCGUGCAGCUGCCAACCAAUUUGCAGAGGAGCAGUUUGCUGAGAAAGUAUCUUUGAAGAAGGGGAUUUCAAUAAAUUCAGCCCACAAUUUGUUAACUGCUGCUGCGCAGAAGGAUGAGGAUAUUAUCUUUUAAUUGGAGGUUUAGGUAUGUGUGUUUUACUGUUGGAUUGUUUGUAGAUAGGGAGCUUCUGUUCUGGAGCAGAGGAGCUUCAUGCCUGUUUCUGUAUUUUCAGCCAACUUCGCAUCUUACUUCCUCUCCCUCCCAAUAGGAGGCUGGGUUGUGAUUCUUUUUCAUUUUAUCUUUGGCUUGCAUAAUAGAUACUCUCGCGAAUAAGAUAAAAUAUGAUGAGAACAUUGGGAAUAGGCAUUUCUAAGAUGAUAAUUAUUUUGUCUAUUUCUUAUCAUGCAUUUAUAAAAUAUUUCCUUUUUUAUAGCAA